AUGUUUUGGUUCUUAAUUCUCUUCCCAGAAGUGUUCACAGUGACUGGACUAAAGGAAACAAUUGUGGCUCCGGUUGGUACAAUGCUUGAGCUCAGCUGUCAGUUGUCUCCACCACAAAAUGCCCAGCACAUGGAGAUUCGCUGGUUCCGGUCCCACUAUACACAACCUAUUUAUCUCUAUGAGGAUGGCAAAGACAUGUUUGGAAAAAUUAUCCCCAAAUAUGUGGAGAGAACAGAACUCUUGAAGGAUGCCAUUGGAGAAGGGAAAGUGACCCUCAGGAUCUUUAAUGUCAAUCCUGAUGAUGAUGGGCAAUAUCAUUGCAUCUUCAAAAAUGGCAAGUUCUAUGAAGAGCACAUCACAGAAGUCAAGGUUACAGCUGGGAACUCCCGGGUUCAAAUUCUUGUUCAUCCUCCUACUACCAAAGGUGUAAUUGUGGAGUGUCACUCAGGAGGUUGGUUCCCACGGCCUCACUUGGAAUGGAGAGACAGCAGAGGAGAGGUCAUUCCAGCUGCAUCAAAAUCUCAUUCACAGAACAGAGACAAACUGUUCAAUAUGAAGAUAACCCUUCUCCUUAGAGACAGCUCCUUCAGGAAUGUUACCUGUUGCCUUUGGAACCCCCUAACAGGCCAAAAGGAAAGCACAAGCAUUGUUCUACCAGAUGAAAUGUUUUCUUGGAAUUUUAUUUGGAAUAUGAUUGUUGGUGUAAUUCUGACUAUGAUGACACUCUUCAUCAUAAUGCCUAGUACUAAACUACAAAUCCUAGAAGUCUUCUUUUCAGAUACACAGUUUGACCUGGAUUCUAUGUGGUUGGAUGAUAUGACUAUGAUCCUGAGCAUGAUUCUGGUGUGCGUUGUCAUGAUAAUUUUCUGUAUUUAUUCCAUUCUGAGUGACAACGUCAUGAGCAUUGCACCAAGUAGCCCGUUCAGAUAA